AUGAGAGCGGAGGUCGAAUUCUCAUCAGAGGGUCGAGUGCGCGACCCCUUGGAGGUGCUGCCGCUCCUGCCAGCGCCGUCCCCCUUGUCGUCUCCCUCGGGGCGGUCGAGGUCUCGCUUCGCCCAGGAGCGAGCGAUCAGGGUCAGGACGAACGCCGCUCUGAGGUCCUUAGCCGCGCUGACGACGAACUCAUACCACGACCUGCGGGACUCCAGUUUCGGAUCCUCCAAGGAGUGGGACACGAGCCACGAGCUGCCGCGCAGGAUCUCCGAGAGGGUGCUGCAGUGCCACCGGGACGCGCACGAUCAGAAGAUGUACGACUCCGACGCCGAGUCCGCUUUCGAGCGGCUGGCCUUGCAUGCCAAGCCUGGGACCUACGCGGGCUUCAGUGUAUCAGACAAGGACGACGACGACGUGCCGCAACGAGGGAAGGUCAUGCCCUUCGUGAGCGGCGAAGCGUCUCUGCCUCCAGCGGGGACGCAGCCAUGCGACAUAAGGAUGAUUUCACCAAAAGCGAGAUAUUACUUCGACCGAUUCCACGAGAGGAUGUGCCUGCCGCCCAGCCAGGUCGACGAGGCCGACAUCGAGAAGACGAGAGCCUACAUGGACCCCAGUUUGAGGAGCAGGUCAGCUCGCCUCCAGUUUGCGCUGAGACUAUGGGAGUCAGGCAUGCUCGGUUUCACGGACAUCUGCAGGGCGGAGGUCUCGGUCUUCUUCGUCAUGAAGAAAGUCAACGAGGCAGGCCAGUUCAUUCUCCGGCCCGUCUGGGAUCUGAGGCAGGUGAACAAGCGCUUUCAGAAGCCACCUCACCUUUCUCUUGGGUCUCCGAUGGCGAUGGCGGAGCUGGACCUGUCCGACGAGAUCACAGACGGCAGGGUCUUGCAGUCAACGUGGGGAGACGUGCCAGACUACUUUCACAGAUGCAAGAGCUGCAGCGAGCUGUGGCCGUACAUGGUGUUCGGAGGCGUGACGAUCCCCCAGCUUUUGAAGGAGCUCAAGCGCCAGGGCAAAGGGGUGCCGGCGGUCCCGAAGGGGGCCCGCUACCUGUGCCUGGUGGUGAUGCUGAUGGGCUUCAGCUGGUCACCAGCGAUCUGUCAUGGUGCUCUGGAGGACCUUCUGUGCGAUCUACCUGGCUUCCCGCGGGGAGCUCAGCUGGUCCACGGGCGCGUCCCCCCCAGCUUCUCCGAGACGGCCUUCAUCUACUGGGUGUUCAUGGACGACUUCGCCUCGAUGACCUUGCAGCAGGACGAGAUGAGCGGGGUGGCGGAGGCAGUCCGCGAACACGCUGGGAAGAAGCUCAAGGAGGUGGGCCUCGACAUGCACAAAGACGGAGUCGGGGCAGCGAUGCCCCUCUCUCUGGGCGUGACGAUCACUCAGCGCCCUCAUCGCUUGAUGGCAGCUCAGGAGAAGGUCAAGAAUGUCAUUGGUGCGACCAAGGCCCUUUUGGACCGAGGUCGAGCGACGCCAACCGAGCUAUCAAGGAUAAUUGGGUCGUGGGUGUGGUUGGCGAUGUGCUGUCGGGCCGCCUUCUGCAUGCUGGAUGCUUGCUACAAGUUCGUGACGAAGUACGGCGACGACGAUCAGGUUCACAUCCUGUGGGAGAGCGUGACAAACGAGCUGUACAUGCUUUACCACCUGGCCCCCCUGAUGUAUACCCACUUGGAGUCGAAGUGGAGCUCCAGUGUCUUUGCUACGGAUGCGAGCGAAGAAGGCCUGGGGGUAGUCGAGACGGAGCGAGUCCCUCCGAUGAAGUUCAUGGCCGACAUUUUCUCAGGGUACGGCGGCUUCGGGCAGGCGAUCCGCGAGGAACUGCAGUGCCAGACCCUGUUCGUGGACAACGCACGGGAGGUGCGCCACGACCUGCUGGACUCGUCCUUCGUCGAGCUCGUCUGUCGCGCCGUUCUUCGCCCCCUCUUCUUCAUGGUCCACUUGGUGCAGAGAGUACGGGAAGGCAACGCUCUGGCCCAGGCAGCGAUCUCAAUUUGCUACGCGUGCCUGGCAUCGGGGACAGGUUUUUCGCUGGAGAACCCCAGGACCUCGAUGAUCUGGGACCUCCCCGACAUGGCGAAGUUGCUGACGAUGGAUGGAGUUCGCGUAGUGGAGAUGGUGUACUGUGCCUUCGGAGCCCGAUGGAAGAAGCCAACUCGAAUAGUGACCAACGUGCAGGCGCUGGAGGAGCUCGAAUGCAAGUGCUCUCAGGAUCACGAUCAUCAGGAGCUGCGGGGACGCGACUCUCAAGGGCGUCUCUGGACGCGCCUGGCAGCAGUCUACCCGCCACGCCUGUGCAAGGCCUAUGCCUCCUGUGUGGCCAAGGCCGUGUCCAACAACGAGCUGAAGCUGCACGACUGGCGCAUGCGAGAACUCCGAGGCGCAUCGCCGAAGCCAGUCGCAGUCAUGAGUCACUGGGCCAAAGUAUCCCGAUGGCAUCUAGCGUGGAAAGGGGUAUGGGCGUAUCACGAUCAUAUCAAUGUGCAGGAAAUGAGGACGGUCGCGUCGGUAUCUCGUCACCUGUGUCGCUCAUCAAAGAACUGGUUCAGCCGAGUCUUGGUCCUGUGCGACUCUAUGGUGACGGUGGGUGCAGUCAGAAAGAUGCGGAGCUCUUCGCGACCUUUGAUGACGCAGCUGAAGAAGAUCGGUGCGAUCACGCUGGCCACCGGUAUACGAUUGACGCUGAGGUGGAUACCCACAGACAUGAACCCGGCCGACGGCCCUUCGAGAGGCGAGGAGAUAGGCAGCGCCGAGAUCACCAAGACCAAGUCCGAGCAGAAGAAGAGCGUGAUGGACAGCGACUUCGAGUUCGAGAGGCUCUUCGGGGACAUGCUGGAGAUCAGGGGCAUGCACGACGACUACGACCUGGACGAGAGCUUCCAGGCUGACGGCGACCACACCUUCGACAGUGAAGAUGGGCAGGCCGCUGAUGACGUGGGAAUGUUCGCCGGAGCUCUAGAAGCAGCAGUGACAGUCAAAAAGACGGCCAAAAAGAAAGGCAAGCAACGAGCUCACGUUCCUCAGAACAAGAAAGGCCCCCUCGCCUUCGAGAACGCCGCUCGGGAGCCCCCAGUGUCGAGAACCAGCCUGGGCUCUGGCACGCUGGAAGUACCUCUGCGGCUUCUCGUGCACGCAGUUCAGGACAACACUAACGUGUGCUACAUCAAGGAGGUGGAGCCCUUCCUUGUGAAGGUGCGUCUCAAGAGGCUUCCCUUUUCCACGGCGGCCGAGCGUGACAUCACCCUUGCGGCGGAGUUAGACCACAUGUGCUUCGUGGAGAGGGCUUCGGUGUCAAGAGGAGUUCGAUUGUACCAUGGGCUGGUCCACAUGUUUCCAGAGUGGAAGUCUGAGUUGCCGAUCUCCUUGCGUGCUUUGCAUAGCUGGGAGAAAUUCCAGGAGUCCUGGGAAGGUGGCCCAGCCUCUGCCGAAGCAAUCUAUUUCAUAUCUUCCCAGGCGAUCAAAUCAGGCCACAUAGACGAGGGGAUAGCAUUUCUUGUAGCGUACGAUUGUUAUCUUCGAGAACAGGAUUGGUUGCAGCUGAAGGGUGAAGACCUGGUGGGAUCAAAGUGGCACGACUUCUUGGACGGAGACACAGAGGUGAGAGUGUCAAGACAGGUCAAGAGCAAGGAGUGGCAAUUGACAGCGCGUGUCAAGCAGAUCAAACCGACCGACAAGGUCUUCAAUACCACAGCUGCCAAAGCAACUUCAGUCUGGAGAGGCAUCCAAUCCAAGUUCGGACUGGAAUGGAUCGGACCGAUGCACACGUUGAGACACAGCGGACCGAGCUACGAUAUCUUGCACAAGAGACGCUCAAUUCAAGAAGUUCAGAGACGCGGACGGUGGACACAAGCCAAGUCGAUGGCCAGGUAUGCGAAGCUACAUUCUCUUAUCGUUCAUGACGCACGGUUACCUGCGAAGAUUAAGGACGCGGGCCGGAGAGCCCUUCAUGAUCUGAGCUCGACGCUGGAGAGCAUCCCCACUCAGAGCCCAUGGCGAUCUGAAGCAUCGCGGGGCUUGACGUACAUCGCAGGAGCUGACGCCGGCCAGGCCAUGGAGCCCGUGGACCCGGCAGCCUGA